AUGCCAUUGUUAUGUCAUCUUGAAGAAGUUAAAGUCAGGGAUUGUUUUUUCAUUGAAGUCAUAUUCAACAUCGACUUGGAUAGUGUUGGUGAGAUUGCCAGCAGCAGCUUGAGAAACACUGAACUAAGAGAAGUAUGGGAGCUACAAGAGGUGUGGAUGAUAAAAGGUGCAAAUCACUCUCGUCUCCCUAUCCGUGGCUUUGAAGUUGUUGAAAGCAUAAGUAUCGAGACUUGUAAGAGAUUUAGAAAUGUAUUCUCACCUACCACCACCAAUUUUGAUCUCGGGGAACUUACCUACAUGAAACUAUAUGGUUCAGAUGUAAUUGGGAGAAAAUAUGGAUUGGUGGAAUGUAACCAAGGGCAAGAGAAUACUCUGUACCAAACCUAUCUCAUACACUCGUUUCGUAAUCUCCAUAAUCUUAAGUUGGGGAGAAAUCAAGGAGUAGAGGUGAUAUUUGAGAUCAAGAGUACUCCAACAAGUCAGGAUAAUCAACAACGAAUACUUCCCCACCUGGAGGUAUUGUAUAUAAAAUAUAUGGAGGAAGAUGAGUCACGUGUGGAAGUGCAACUGGAAGGAGUUCUUGAUUCCUCACAGAAAACCGUCAGAUUCCCCAUUCCACAACCUCACAGCCAUAGAAUUAAAUGA